UCGAGUUAAGGAUUUUCUGUUCUAUUUUUAGACUUGUAAAUUUUCAAUCACAUAUGGAAAGUUCUUGUUUCGAUUUGAUCAUCUUUAGAGAAUUAAAAGGGACAACCAGAGAGUAUCAAUAAAGUAAUGAGUUAUAUGGUUGAAUUUGCCUGCUGACAAAGGUUCAGUAUGAGCGGAUAUAGCGGGGAAAGAGAUGAGGACACUGGUCAGUCGUCGCCAUUUCCACCGUAUCAAACACCAUACCCAGGGACACGAAAUCGGAGUUUUGGAAGUAGUAAUCCUUUAUUCGUUCUACUGAACUUUGCUACCUCCAGUUUAUAUCCACGGCGAAAACGACAACAGCAACAAGAGGACACAGGCGACAAAGAUGAAUAUGACAAUGGAUAUUCAGCAAAGUUCAGGGAAAUCACAGAGGAGGAGAGCUGCGAGAGAACCCAGCCAAUUUCACAGCUUAUGGAAAAAACCUCUAAACACUCUAAGAAGCCACUUGAUGGUAUAUGGUGCAAACAAGAAGAAAAUAUAAACGAUGAAGAGGAAGAAAUACGAAACAUAUUUCAAGAUGAAGAGGAAGAUGAUGCGGAACUUGAAGUUGACGGCGAGUACGGGUACGCAGAUGGUAUCUGUACGAAGAAAGACUGUCCAGUAUGUAUAGAUACAACUGAAAGGCUAUUAAAAUAUCUAACAGGACAACAAAAUAACUCAAAAGCUACAAUAACAAAUGAAAGAAAGAAAGAUAUCAAAUGUGACAAAGAGGAACCAAUAUUAGAACCCGUUAACAACACUGUAAACAACCUCCCGUCAGAACCGUCAAGUCCAGCUAGAACACUAAGUCAGAUUUCAUCAAAUCCGAAUCCAGCUAGAACACAAAGUCAGAUUUCAUCAAAUCCGAAUCCAGCUAAAACACAAUGUCAGAUUUCAUCAAAUCCAAAUGACUAUCAUCGCAAAGAAAGAACAUUGGACAAAUAUAUGAAUGAAACCCAAGAUUCCAUGCUAAACAGCAACUUGGAGUCAAAAGGACAAAACCAGGAGAAAACUGAUCCCGAUCCAGUCAUAGAACUUGCUAAAGACGAAUCUAACGGAGAGUCUGUUGGGCAAGACUCUACAGGCAGCAAUAGUUCUCGUAAAACAUGCAAUAGUUUAAGCUCGCAAGAUACGGAUGGAGCAAAUGAAAGCGAAAAUGCAUCUGCAGGUUAUGUUGAUGAUAUUGAUGAAAUGGUAUACGACGAAGAUGAUAUAUACACGGACUAUGGAGAUUACACUAUUACCGAUAUGUUACCUACUAUACCAGAGUCGGUCAAGAAAGCGCAUGAUACAAAAGGGCUAGGUGAAAAUGCGGGGCGAUACAGCAGAGGAAUUCACCAAUUUGUGAACAUGCCAACUUUCAUGCAGUCUAUCAGAAAGUUUGCUUUUGACAACCACUUCGAGCUUGAAGACGUCAUUCCUGAUGGUAACUGCAUGUUUAGAGCAGUUGUGGAUCAGCUCAACAUAAACGGAGACCUGGGAUACACGCCACAAUCUCUGCGUUUGAAAGCAGUAAAGUAUUUACGUCAGCACCCAUGCCAGAGUGAUGGAAGUAGAUUAGAAGAUUUUCUGCCAACUGAGACCUGGGAGGAGUACCUUUUUAGAAUGGAACAGAAUUCUCAGUGGGGUGAUCACAUGAUUUUGAAAGCUAUAGCUGACGCAUUCAACUUGGUAGUUGUUGUUUUCAAUGUGUAUGAGGACGACAUUAGACGGACGGAAAUUCUACCAGAAGGUGAUCAUAUUACAAAGCGCCAGAAGCUUACAAUAUACCUUGGUCAUGUAGGAGAAUUUCACUAUUUGAGCCUACGGCAAAUGGAUUGGGAAAUCCUUUGGCCCUUCAAAUCCUUGAUAAGAAGAUUUCAAGUCUUCAUGAGAUCAUCAAAGCCUUCCUCAACUAGACACGACUUUCUUGAGAAAAUCAAGAAUAUGGGGAAUUCCAAGUACUUGAAAGGUGCUUGUUUAAAGAUACAAAGUCCUGGGGAAAAUACAACACAGACGGCAAAUAUGGAAUCUGAAAAAGUUCAGAUUGUUGAUUUACAACCAGAACAAAGCAAAACGUUUGUUCGAUAUGGAUUAUCAACCCUUCAAGUAGACGAAACUAAAGAAUCCCUGAAUGGUCUUCUUGAUGAUCCUAUGGGUGUUGAUUCUUUAACUGGACUGCCUCUUCCACAUUUUUCCUACAUCAUCAAGGGUUUACUAGAUUGUGAAGUUCUUACAUUUUCAAAGUUUGAAUCCUAUGAAAACAUUCCCGUCGAAUCAACAGUAGAAGGUUCGAUGUUCACUUUUGAAAGGUAUGGAUCAUGGGUUGAAGGAGUGAACGUUUUUAUGAUUGAUCGUACUAAGGAGAAGAAAAUGCAGUAUUUCGAAGAAAUUAAGAGAUUCAAUUUCUGUUCUGUUUUGAUAUGCGACACGAGUGGAGAAGUUCUUUUUUCUGGUGAGACAAAUACAAAUGCAUCACGAUUGCCCGUGUUUGCUGAUACCACAAACUCGCAUGCUGGUUACUGUCGGCUUAUUCCUGGCUUUCCCAAACACCUGUAUUCGAAAAAUGAACUGUUUUGUAGCAAUUCUGAGGUGUAUCUGAAAAGUAUACCUAUACCAUCUGUCGUAAGAGAAUCAUUUCCUAGAUUUGAGAAUAUGAAACUAGGAUGUGGCUACCAGUGUUCAAGGCUACCUUUUCCCGCUCGUAAAUGGCAGUCAAGGCAAAGAAGAUGUCAAUGGCCGCCAGAUGACAUAGUUCGUGAAAUCAUGUCAGGGGGUUGUUUACUAGUGCAGAGAGCUCAUCCAAAAAGCGCCCUCCCGGAAGUUGAAUGGAAAUUCGUCUUUUCACAUGCGGAGCAAAUUCUUAUGAAGAAAGCAUUGUCUCCCAAUCAACUGAAAGUAUUUAAAAUCUACAAAGUUGUGGUGGAGUAUCUGACACGUCAUCUUGAUAAAACGCUGAAGCACAAACAUUUGAAAAAUGUUUUCUUCUAUGCCAGUGAGAACGUCACUCAAGAGUCCUGGGAUGACAAUGUUGGGGGUUGUCUGCUGUUUGUUUUUGGGUAUCUACUAGACUGUUUGAAAAACAAAAACAUUCCACACUAUUUCAUUUCUGAAAAUAAUCUAAUUGAUUAUUAUUCAGAAAAAGAAAUUCAAACAAUUUCAACGUACAUUGAAGCUUUCCGAGUCUUGCCAGUUCAAUGUUUAGAAAAUAUGUAUUGCAGACAUGGCUGGAAAUCCCUAGUAAAACAGUUAGAAGGAGUCUUAAGAGAUUGCCAACAGUAUUCGCAAACUCGAGAUAUAAAUCAUUCAUGGCUGAAUGUUUUUCAUCCAGUAUCAUUAAAGAAAAUAUUGAAACUCGCUGACAGGGGAUUCCAUAAAAUUGCAUAUGAGUUAAUAUGCAUCUUAUAUGAUGAUUUAAAACGAUCGCCAGUGAAAGAGGUACCGACAUUUGAGAAUAUUUUCCAGGACGCGAUGAAGCGCGUUGAAACUAGUUCUGCCCGUCAAGCUCUAGCGAAACUGUACGACGAAAAUUUCGGAACAAAUAGCAUGAACAGCUACCAGAAGACCAUAGGUCACCAACACAAACGCAUUGGUGACGCUGUGCCGUUCGGUGUUGAUGAACGAAUCAGAUACAUCGAAAUUCCUAACAGGUUUGCAAAAUAUGACCUUUCAGUCUUAUCAUGGUUUGAUUCAAUGGCAUAUUCGUAUUUUUUAAAAUCGAAAUUUGAAAUGGCAGAAAUAUUCCUUCAAACAGCCAUCAAGUUUGCCAAACAUAUGCUGAAACAGCAGAGCGAGUUUGAUAUUAGCGAAAUUAAAGACACGCAUCUCAAAACAGAAAUUGGUAGGGAACGAUCAGCAACCACAUCAAGUCUGAUUGGAAUACUAUCUAAAUGUUAUCACCAUUUAUUAUUCGUAUGUUCUGCAUUACAAACUGGUAGUCCGUUUGAUGAACAUAUGGAAGACUUGGAAGACUUUCAGUAUUCUGUAGAGGGAAUGGAUAAAUUUUUAGCGCAAGUGCGGUCGUUUCGAAGUAAACCUACGUCGUCAAGUUUCACAAUUCCUGAUGAAAAUGGCUUUCAAUUGUAUUACUAUGUGUCACAUUUAAAUACAAAAAUGGCAUAUGACGAAUUAUUUGGAUUGCCAAAAAGUGCACAUCAUGUGAUACCUAGAAUCUUAGACUCAGAAGAUGACGAACAAUUCUCUCUGGGGAGUGACAUUUCUCAUUCCGCUUCUUUCAGUAGUAUGGAAACAAGUACCUCAAACUCAGUAGUUCAAAUGAUAGAAAAAAGACGAAACCAGUCUCAUUGUACAUUGAUUGGAAUAUGGAAAUCCGAACAAAAUGACGAUGACGUCAUUAGCGAGGAUGAAGAAAUUCAAAAUGAUUUUUCGCGCUGUGUAGAAGAAUUCGACCUUGGUUUUGACAGUGAAAUUAUGAGAUCACAUUCCACGAUUUGGAAGACAGAAGACAUGGAUAGUAAGGGUUUCAAAAGUACAUUAUCGAAGGAAGGGGAACCUCUUCCACAUACACUGAGUAAUGUAGAGUGUCAGAAUAAUUUUCAUGUUCCUUAUUCAAAACCAGGAAAUAAUUCAGACACCCAAGUUACGGACGACACACUUCAUAUCACGGAAGUUUAUACACAUUAUCCUGUCGGAUAUGAAAAUCACGAUUUUGGAUUUAGUGUUCAAAACAGUAUGGAAUCUAAAAAGUCUUCCGCAUGUGUUUGUUCAAAAGUAGAUGCUGUUGUUCCAAAUAUAGAUGGCACUGUUGUAGAAUCAAAUAAUUUAUUGGAUUCUCAGAACAAGACCAAUCAAACGGGGAAAGAAAUGGAUUUAAAUGACCGAAGGGAACUGAACUCGGAAACUUUACAAAUAGUCAACGGAACAUCUGUUAAUAAUUCUGAAGCGACAGAGAUUGACGGCACGUCAUUUGAUCGUCAGAUAUAUGGAACUAUGAAGGGGGAACCACCAGAAGAAAUUGUCGAUGACUUAACAUCGAAAACACCACCAAAUGAAGCGCAUCAAAAAUCAUCAGUAAAUGGAACUCCUUCGAGUACCAAUGUUAAAAGCCCAGACAGGCGCGCAGAAGACAGCCAAAACACUGUUAAUAUCCCAGACGGGCGCGCAGAAGACAGACAAAGCACGGUUAAAAUCCCAGACAGGCGCGCAGAAGACAGCCAAAACACUGUUAAUAUCCCAGACGGGCGCGCAGAAGACAGCCAAAACACUGUUAAUAUCCCAGACGGGCGCGCAGAAGACAGACAAAGCACUGUUAAAAGUCCAGACAGGCGCGCAGAAGACAGCCAUAACACUGUUAAUAUCCCAGACGGGCGAGCAGAAGACAGACAAAGCACUGUUAAAAGUCCAGACAGGCGCGCUGAAGACAGCCAUAACACUGUCAAUAGCCCAGAUAGGCGCACAGAAGACAGAAAAAGGCAGCAGCCAAUGCAAAGUACCAAUAUUAGCAGCAUAGAUCGUAACAAAGGAACACAGGACAAUGAUGAGGGAUGGGACUUUCCUGAGAACACUACAACAAAUAGAGCACACUAUGGUAAAAAUUAUGGAAAGCCGUUGUCGAAGAAAACUGGAUACCAGGGAUGGAAUUAUUUGUACAACUAUGAUGGCUAUGGAGUGCACAGUUUCUCCCCCUAUUACUUCAAGGACGAAAUGCGGGCCCUAGAGGACUUCGCCGCAGACAACGGCCUGGAGCUGUUUGACGUAGCGGCGGACGGGAACUGCAUGUUUCGAUCCCUGGAAGACCAGAUGCGAAUUAACGCCCAGUUUGGACAAACUGCGAAAUCUCUUCGUCGACGUGCUGUACAAUACUUGCGACACAAUCCAAUACAUGAAGAUGGAAGUCAUUUGAAGGAAUUUCUCUCGGGUAAAGAAACAUGGGAGAGGUAUCUGGUCAGAAUGGAAAGAAAUUCAUCCUGGGGCGACCACUUAAUACUGAAAGCUCUGUGUGAUGCUGUCGGGAUAACCAUCGUAGUUUUCAAUAUUUCCAAUGAUGAUAUUCGUCGAACUGAACUUGUACCGAAAGUCAAUGAUAAAUCAGAUGAUACACAGUUCUUCCUUGGUCAUCUAGGUGAAUAUCAUUACGUCAGCCUGAGACCAAAGACGUGGGAGAGAACUUGGCCUCUGAAGGCACAUUCGUACCGUGAAAAGUGGAUUUACCAUCUGAUUCUGAGCACUUAUAUUGAGGCAAGGCUGGAUAAUGUGGAGUUGAAAAAAAAGAUAGCAAAGUACGAGAAGGCGAUAACACAGAGCAGGAAAAUGAUGUCUAUUUUAAGUUUGCAGGACGAAUUAAAUGACACAGAGACAAUCCCAUUUCGCGCUUUACCAGCAGUCUGUCUCCCGUACAGAUAUAACGAUGUUGAAGGCUCAGGGGAGGAGGCGGAAGAAAAACAGCUACACGAUCAACUGUUGAGAGUACAGAAACUUGUAGACGAGAUUCCAAAUUGCUUUAAUUACAGAGGAUGGUUUGAAAAAGAAUCAGAAGAUUCUCGCCACCUCCUGACGGCGGAUCCACUAUACAUAGAUCCAGAGUGUGGAGUGCCCUCGCCACAUAUAUCAUUUAUUCUUCGAUUUUGUAUUCAGAAAUAUAUUCAGCUUCCAGUUAUCAUGUUUUCUCCCACUACAUCAAAGCAGUUAAAUGAUGACUUCGUCACUGAGUAUGCUGGGAGUUCUUGUGAUGAGAGCAAUGCAUACCUUGUGGAUCAAAAAGGAAAUGGUUAUUCAAAUACCGAAAGAAAAUCGGACAUCCCAAUGAAAAUAUUUUGUCGCAAAGACAUUGUUGUGAAGUUUGAGAGAAAUGAAAAUAAAGAAGAAAAUGAAGUGUUUGUAGAUGAAAGCCAAACACACCCUGGCUAUUGCAGACUUCGUCCAAGUGUCGCCAGUGAGGUACUAUGGGGUAGUAAGAUUUUCUACGUCGAGAACGAUUGUUUCAUUAAAGAAAAUGAUUCAUCUGAUUCUAAUACGUGGCCUGAAUAUCAGGGGUUUCAGAGCCACGAAUGGGUUCCUUCCAAAACCGACUGGAAAACUCGUUUGCGUCCAUCUCAGUGGCCUUCAGAAGAACUAAUGGAGAAAUUCUACAAAGCGGGCGUGCUCUUUGUACGACGUCCACAUGCAUCAAGCCAACUAAAAAUCGUGGAGUGGGAAAUGAUUUUCUCAAAAGCCGAGAAGGAAAUAUUCCUAAACAUAUUAUCUGCAAAUCAGAAAAACAGUUACAAUAUCUUUAAGGUCAUUGUAGAUUACCAGACAAAACACUGCAGAGCGAAUCUUGCACCGGAACACCUCAAGGCCGUGUUUUUGCGUGCAAUGGAACUUGUUCCCCCUAUUGACUGGGAAAACAACAUUGGGGGUUGCUUUCUUUAUCUAUUGAAUCUCUUAUCUGAUUUCUUAGAGAAAGGAAACAUUCCUCAUUAUUUCAUUUCCGAAAAUAACAUGAUAGAUCACGUUCCUUCGGAAUCCAUACGUGAUCUCAAACUUCAUGUGGACGCCAUUAAACACUUUCCAAUCGAAGUUUUGGAAUUUUGUAUCGAGAGAUAUGGGAUUUUGGAACCAGAAGUCUCCCGUAUCACUGCCGAUAUAGCGGGAUAUAAAGUAAGUCGAAAUAUAUUUUCGACAGUUGAAAAGGUUUUCAUUCCCAUACUAGAGACAAAAGCGGAGUACUACGGCGAUUGUUAUCAAUUCCAUAAGGCACACGAUGCAGUUCUUGAUGCAUAUAUGGUUUAUCAGCAAAUGAUUCAGAUUACCAAUACGACCGCCAAUGUUCUCACCUUGGAAGAGUUUGUCUUCAAAUCUUUAGUCAAUUGGUCAUGUGUAAACAGGUACAAAAUGCUUAGAAUGUUUGAUGAUUUGCAUAAUACGAAUUUGUGUGACAAGGACAAAACAAGUGAAACAGUCCUAGUGAAGAGUCUUCUUGACGAGGAAAUUGAAUCCGAGUUCGCUGAUAUGCCAAUUCCACAAUGUACGUUGGGGAACAAAGGUUUCGAAGCUAAGUUACUGGAGGACAUUGCCACAACCUGCAACUUUGUGAAGAAAAAUGAGGAGUCGUUAGUGUUUAUUAAAGUAGCCAUUUCCCUUUUGAAGAAAGCAUUGCAAGAGGACAUUUUCGAUGUAAGUGAAGUUGAAGAUGCUAAAUUGAAAAUGGAAAUAGGCAGGAAAAACUUGCAACUUACUACAUCCUGGAACUCGCAGCUUUCAUGCUGUUACGAAAAACUAAGCACGUGUUGUAUGUCGUCACACCAAAAGGACCUGAUGUUUCAAUAUAUGCCUGAAAUAGAGGCGUUGGCUCAAAGAUUGCCAAAAAUGGUGUCUUUUGUAGAGAAGAUGUGGAUCCAACUUGGACAGACAGUAAAAGGAAAAGAAUUCAGAAAAAAGCACGAAGGGUUUCAGAGAAACGAUUGGGGUCAAAACGAAUACAAUGAUGACAUAGAUUAAAACACACACUACUCACCGUAUAUAAUUGAUGAAGAACGACAAAUACUUAAGAAAUAACAGUUUAAUGGCGUUUUUUCAGAAGAUACCUUUCAGGUUCACAUGAGCCUCUCUUGAUGCAAAAACUAUUUCCAAUAAAACCAUGAGAUAAUCAUAGGAACUUUCAAAUGUCAUGAAAGAUUUUACAGACGUAUCAUUUGCUCAUAAGAUGUAUAAGUUCCAUGAUAAGAGACCACGUGUGUUACUAAUACAUCUUUGUCUCAGGAAACGCUUUACAAGUUCGUCAAGAUAUCGCAGUUCGUGGUUAGAAUAUUAGUUUUCAGAAAUGUU